AUGAGUUUGAAAUCGACCGUCAUACCAGAAGAAGAAGUUAUCCAUAAUGUGCUAAGUGAAUAUGGGGGUAAUAUUGGUAUGUAUUCACUUUUUACUAUGGAAGCCUGUUGUAUUAGUGAUGUUUUCAAAUUAGAGCACUUCAUCAGUAGCUGUGAUUUGAACGAUGAUACAAGUAUGUUCGACAUUCCAUUACCAUCGCCGAUAUCAGAAUCAAGUAGAAUAUUUAUAGUCGCUGAUAAUGAAACUCUUCAAAAUAAUCCGUCGGCUACAAAUUCACCGGUAUACGGCUUACAGCAAGAUAGCUAUGUAGAUGAUUAUUCAACUCUAUUCGACAACAUUCCAUCACUAUCGACCAUAUCAGAAUCAAGUAGAAUAUUUAUAGUUACUGAUAAUGAAAUACCACUAGGUCUUCAAAAUAAUCCGUCAGCAGCAAAUUCACCGGCAUACAGUUUACAACAAGUAUCAUUUCCAAUUAGUGUCCAAGAAGAUUUACGUGCGGCGGAACAAAUUCAAAUUAUUGCCCAGCCGGAAAAAUUUUAUCAUCCCAGAUAUCGGACGGAUUUCGAUAAAGAAAAGAAGCGUGCACCUCGUUACAUGCAUUCAGAAGGAGGAAACAUAAGUCAUCCCACAAUUAAGAUUCCAUCAGCGCAUUUUGAUGCAAAUAAUAAUUUAUAUAUACGUGUCUGUUUAGUAACAGUUCAGACAAACAAUUUACCGCAUUAUAUUCAUCCAUAUUCGUUAGAGGUGCCUGACGCAUCAGAUAAUAAAAUCAUUCAAAUUUCAGAAGAUAGUGCCAUUUAUUUUCCAAUAUCACAAGCAGAUUUAAAUUCAGGCGGCAUCAAAAGUUUCACUCGAUUGAUGCUCAUUAAAGCGAAACAAGACGAUUUGAGAAAAUUGAAGUAUCCAUUACGUCCAUUUGAUAAUCUCAAUGGAAAUGGUACCACUACUAUUGACAACAAUCAAAACUACAUUUCUAAUCCAAAACUUAUGAUCAAAGAAUAUGAAUUAUUUAAAUCCCAAUUGGUAUUUACUGUGGUUCAAUUACGUAGCUCUAAUCCACCAUUUAUAUUUUACCCAUUUUUAAAUACAUCAGUUUAUUCUCAAAUAAUGACCGAAGGAAAUGACCAACAAGAAGAACAAGGUGCUCCGUGUCGAGUUUAUAAAUAUGCACCAAAAAUGGGUGGCUACAAUGGCGGUGAUGAUAUUCUUAUCUUUCUUACAACUAAAAUUGAUAAGAAAAAUUUACGUAUACAAUUUGAAAGUCGUGACGGGCGUGUAGAAGUGAAAGAGAUUGAUGUUAAAGAUAGAAUGAUAGCGUUUAAAUCACCAGCAUAUUCGGCCAAAAAUCUCAGUGUUCAUACGGAUGUUGAAAUUGUUUUGAUACAAGAUCAAACAGAAAUUCAACGUUUACAGUAUUGGUAUAUGCCCGAAAAUAUUUUUUAUGCAAAUACAUAUUGUCAAAACUGUCAACAAAUAUAUGCAAAUGAUGAUUCUGUUCCAAUGAAUUCAUUAUCAAAACGUCGUGCGUGCGCGAUGGAUGAAUAUGUAAUGGGUAGUACAACGGAUCAAGUCACACCAAAUUUGGAGCAUUCUGUUUCGGCUCCGGCGACUAUUAAACAUGAAGUUAAAGAAGAACCAAUUUCGCAGAGUAGAGAUACUCAACAAAACGCAAGGAUGUCUGACAAAUUUUUGGAUAAUUUGACGUCAUCAUUCCGCAAUUUAUUAGUGGAAAAUGAUGCUACACCGUUAUUUAAAUGUGCUCGAGUAUUAAUUUUUAAGCGCGAAGAAAAUUUAUUGGAAAAGGCCAUUUUAAAUGGUCAUAUAAUGUUAGCAAAACAAUUGAUUAAAGUGACACCAGUUGACAUAUUAAAACGUAAAAAUGAGUGCGGUGAAACUGUUUUGCUAGUAGCAGGAAAACUUAAUAACAAAGAUUUAAUCGCAUCACUAUUAGAAAAACAUUUGGAUUUAGUCAACGAUAUCGAUAACAAAAACAACAAUUUAUUUCAUAUUUUGGCGGCGGUUGAUGAUGAUAAAGCGUACAAUACAAUUGAAUUUGUUUUCAAUUCUUUGAAACAGCAAGAAUCGAUCAAUGUGACAUCGUUUGAUAAAGAAAAUAGUGAGCAUUUGACACCCUUACAACUGGCUAUUUUACAUCAUAAUUUAAAUUGUGUUAAAUUAUUCGUUUCAAACGGAAACUUUAACGCAGAUGUACGUGAUCAAUCGACCGGUGAUAAUCUAAUUCAUAUGGUAGUUAGAAAUAGUGAUGAUUUAUCAACAUUAACGUAUUUAGUGAAUGAUUUACAUUUGAACGGUGAAAAUAUAAAUUUUAAAAUGACCCCAUAUGAAUUGGCCAAAUCAUUAAAUCGAACAAAUAUUUGCAAUUUUUUAAGUAAAAAAUAUCCUACUUAUGAACCAAAAUCAGAUGAUAGUGGUGACGAAGAAGAAACGAAUUAA